AUGAGCAUUGCAUCUCCUGAACACGAAUUCGUCUCCAAGUUCUUGACACUAUCAACUCUUACCCAACCAGUGUUACCAAAGGACUACAAAAAACCAUUGCAACAGGUGAACAGUUUAGGUGUAGCACUUCCAGCACUCAGAUACAAAUACCAUUCCAAGAGAUCUAACAAAGAAGAUAAUGCCAAAGGACUGAAAUUGAUCUUGAAAAACAUUAAACCUCCAAAAUUCACUGUGGAGAAUGAAUUUGGUCGCAAUGAUACUGUCCGUCAAGUUAAAGAGUAUUUAAUAUCUGAAGGUAAGGCACAGCAAUUUGGCCAAGUGAAAUUAUUAUUUAAGGGUAAAGUUUUACACGACAGUGGAAUUUUGUCAGAAGUGAUCGAGGAUGGGGCUACCAUCACCGUAAUGAUUUCCAAACCUGAAGUUGUUCAACAACAGGAGGAGCCCACUCCAGUGAAAAAUUCUUUGCAGAUUCCCUGGGAAGCAAUUGAGAAGACACUUGCCCAUGAGUUGAAGGAUUCCCAUCAAACUGCAUUAGCCUUACAAAGAUUGCAAAAAGGUUGGGAUAUGACCAAGUGA